AUGAAGGUCUUCAUCCUUGCCUGCCUUGUGGCACUUGCUCUCGCAAAGGAGGAAUCACUCAGCAUAUCCUCUGAGAGCAUUUCCAGCAGUGAGUCUACUGAACACACCGAUGAGAAACUUCAGAUGGUGGAGGAGAUGCAACAACUGCAAGCAAAGGAUGUGCUCCAGAAUAAAAUUUCCCCCUUCAUCCUGUCACAGCCUCAGGCCUUUCCUUAUGAUCAGCCCAUCUCUUGCACUCCCAUUGCACAAAACGCCCAGCCUAUUGCUCAACCCCCCGUGGUGCCUUCUGUGGGGCCUGCCAUUUCUCCUGAGCUGGUAGCCUUCCUUAAAGCUAAAGCCACCAUCCUUCCCAAAACCAAAGCCGUACCCUAUGUUAACUCUGAAAGUGUGCUCCCUCUAGUUAGCCCUCUAGUCUCCAGCACUACUAAUCUUGCAAAUCAGCACAUUCCUCAGUCUCAGGCUCAGCAGCUCCUGGCACAGCUCCUGCAGGCUUUCCCUCAGACUCCCGUAGUUUCUGCUCAGGCCCAGCUGUCUGUUCCUCAGUCCAGAGUUCUGUACCUUCUCCAGCAAGUAGCACCUUUGUUUCAAAAUGAUAUGUCUAUCGAAGCCCUUCUGCAAUAUCUAGACCUUCUGAUUAACCCCACCUUCCUGCCCCUUGUCAAUCGGCCACUUCAUCAAGUCACUGUAAGUAUAAAUUUACUUCUCUUUCUAAUCCUCUCAAAAUGUGCAUGUGAUGACAUUGAUAGAAGAAACAGAAGUUCUAGAAUGGAAGAGUAG